AUGAAGCAAAUGACUGUAGAGAAUAACUCUUUGGUGACUGAGUUUGUUUUUAUGGGAUUAACAGACCAACCUGAGUUGCAGUUGCCCUUGUUUUUUGUGUUCUUGCUGAACUAUACAGCCACUGUGAUGGGAAACUUGAGCUUAAUGAUUCUCAUCUGUCUAAAUGCACAUCUUCAUACCCCCAUGUACUUUUUUCUGUUCAAUUUGUCCUUUGUUGAUUUCUUUUAUUCAUUUGUCUGUACCCCCAAAAUGCUGAUGGGCUUUGUUUCAGAGAAGAGUGUCAUCUCUUAUACAGGGUGCAUGACUCAGCUAUUUUUCUUUGGAUUUUUUGUUAAUUCUGAAUGUUAUGUACUGACAGCAAUGGCCUAUGAUCGUUAUGUGGCCAUAUGUAAGCCCUUGAUGUAUGCCAUUCUUAUGUCUCCUAGGAUGUGUUCCCUGCUGAUGUUUGGGUCCUAUUUGAUGGGGUUUGCGAGUGCCAUGGCUCACACUGGCUGUAUGAUUAGGCUCAGCUUUUGUGAUUCCAACAUUAUCAACCAUUACAUGUGUGAAAUAUUUCCCCUUCUCCAGCUCUCUUGCAGUAGCACCUAUGCUAAUGAACUUGUGAGUUCUCUUAUUGCUUGCAUAAUUGUUAUUGUAUCUGGCUUUGUUAUUUUAACCUCAUAUGCUUCCAUCCUCUUAAAUAUUUUUCACAUGUCAUCAGCUAAAGGUUGGUCCAAAGCCAUGGGUACUUGUGGUUCUCACAUUGUAACUGUUACUCUAUUCUAUGGAUCUGGGCUGCUUACUUAUGUCAAACCAGCAUCUGCUGAGUCUGUGGACCAGGGGAAAUUUUUCUCAGUGUUUUACACUCUCAUGGUGCCCAUGCUGAAUCCUCUCAUUUACAGUCUCAGAAACAAGGAUGUCAAACUUGCUGCAAGGAGAACCAUGAUGAGAAUCAGAAGCACAGUGAAGAAGUGUGUUUGCAGUAGUCUUUGA